AUGGGGGACCUCAUGGCUGACAACAUGUCUUUGGAGCGCACGGCGGCAUCCCCGAGGCUGAGGCACUUUGACGCGUACGCGCUGCACUCGUGGGCCAGCGGGCUGUUUGAGUUUGGCGACGGGCGCAACCAGGAGAGCUUCAGCGAGGAGGCCAGCGUGUACUACGCGGGGGCGCUGCUGGCGUCUGUGCUGGGCGAAAAGCCGCUCGCCUCGUCCAAUCCGGACCCCUCCCUCACACCCGGCUACGAAGCUGUGUUUGCAGAUGCCAACCGCGUGGUGGGCGUGCUGUGGUCCACCAAGCGCGAUGCGGGGCUGUGGUUCGCCCCGUCGGCGGACAUGGAGAAGCGUCUCGUGGAGUGGGCGCAACCCGUGCUUAGCAGUGCCGCCACGGAUGAGUGGCGCGGAUUUGCGUGGGCGCUGCAGGCGCUGUACGACCCGCAGGGGGCCACGGCGAACAUUGCUGCUCUAGGUGCAUUUUAUGAUGGUACCUCCAAGACCAACAUGCUCUGGUGGCUCGCUUCCAACAUGCCAUAG